UCCAAUUUCUUAACCAUCUCCAAAUAAUUACACAAACCCAGUUGAGUCCCGUAUAUAUCCCCAGUUUUUUUUUUCCUUCACUCCAAAACCAAUUAAUUAAAAACAUGGUGGAAGGAUUAUUCAGUGGUCUUCAGAGAAUGUUGAAGGCUAAAGCUUUAAUUAUCAGAAUCAACCUCCUCUUCAUCGCCUUCUUCUUGCUCGUCUACGCCGCCCUCCUCCUCCGCCGCCCCUCCUCCGCCGCGUAUCCUCUCAAUGCGGCGUCGUUUGUUUCCUGCUCCCUCCGAGAGUGCCAUCCCAAGAUGAAGGCGGUUUUGGAGGAGACAGAGCCGCGUCUUCCUUUGAAGGUGAAGGGGAAUGUGAGCCAAUUGGAGAUACCGAUGAAGCUUUUGAAGAAGAUGGGAAAAUUGACUAAGAUUGGGAUGGUGAAUUUCGACGAAGAAGAUGUUAGUGAAUGGGAGUCGAGUUUUGACAUCAUACGUAUUGGUUUUGAGAAGGUGUCGGAGUACUUUGAAUGGAAGGAUUUGUUUCCAGAGUGGGUUGACGAGGAGGAAGACAUCGACGGUGCGUCGUGUCCAGAGAUACCAAUGCCGGAUUAUCGGAGUUACCCAAAUGUGGAUGUGGUGGUGGCGAAGCUGCCGUGUCGGUUCCCUGAGGAGGGGUGGGGGAGGGAGGUGUUUCGAUUACAAGUGCAUUUGAUAGCGGCAAACAUGGCGGCGAGAAGAGGGAAGAGAGACUGGUUUUCGCGGACGAAGGUGGUGUUUCUGAGCAAAUGCCGACCGAUGAUCGAGCUGUUCCGGUGCGACGACUUGGUCAGCCGGGAGGGAGACUGGUGGUUUUAUGAGCCGGAGAUGAGCCGGUUGGAGCAGAAGGUUUCUUUGCCGAUUGGGUCUUGCCAAUUGGCCAUGCCCAUCUGGGAUCGAGCAGGAGUUAACAAAGUGUAUGAUCUUUCAAAAAUCAAAAAGUCAACAAAGAUUAUAAAACGAGAAGCGUAUGCGACAGUGAUCCACUCCUCAGAAGCAUACGUGUGCGGUGCCAUAACGUUGGCCCAAAGCCUCCUCCAGACGGGAACAAAACGAGACCUUGUCCUCCUCAUGGAUGAAUCCAUCUCAAUGUCCAAACGCACUGCCCUAGUCGCUGCUGGGUGGACCAUCCGAAUCAUAACUCGAAUUCGAAACCCACGGGCGGAGAAGGACUCAUACAACGAAUACAAUUAUAGCAAGUUUCGGCUAUGGCAGCUCACCGACUACGACAAGAUCAUCUUCAUCGACUCCGACAUCAUCGUCCUCCGCAACCUCGACCUCCUCUUCCACUUCCCCCAGAUGUCAGCCACUGGAAACGACAACUCCAUCUUCAACUCCGGCAUCAUGCUCAUCGAGCCCUCCAAUUGUACCUUUCAAAUCUUCAUGGACCACCGCAACGAGAUUGUAUCCUACAACGGUGGCGACCAAGGGUUUCUAAACGAGGUGUUCGUGUGGUGGCACCGGCUGCCACGACGGGCGAACUUCUUGAAGAACUUCUGGUCGAACACGACGGUGGAGAGGAGUGUGAAGAACGAGAUGUUCGGAGCGGAGCCGGCGAAGGUGUACGCCAUACACUACUUGGGGUUGAAGCCAUGGCUGUGCUACAGGGACUACGACUGCAACUGGAACAUAGACGACCAGCGGGUUUAUGCGAGCGAUGUGGCGCACCGGCGGUGGUGGAAGCUGCACGACGCCAUGGACCAGAGCUUGCAGAGGCUCUGUGGCUUGACCAAGAGGAGGAGAAUCGAGCUGGAUUGGGACGCCAAGAUCGCCGCUAAAAUUGGGUUUCAGGAUCGCCAUUGGAACAUCACCAUCACGGAUCCUAGAAGGAUUAAUUUGCUUGAUCGCUAGAAUUACCCAAUUUUAAUUCUCUCUUUUUUCUCUUUUAUUUGUAUGUUUUUUGUUGAUGGUUUUUUUUUUCCUCUCUCUCUCUUGUAAAUUAUAUGUUUGUGAAUGGUUCAGUCAGGAAGAUGUGAUUUUACACGUCUUUAGACUAUGUCACACAUUUUGAAUAAUUCGAUCCCAUUUUCUUUCUA